AUGGGAGUUUUCUCAGAGUUGGCGACAGAGAACUGUGUGGUCAUUGGGCGAGUUCUCAGACUCUGGGAAGAGAGCAGAAUCGGCGAAUCGGAGUUUUCUCAGAGUCUGGCGACAGAGAACUGUGUGGUCAUUGGGCGAGUUCUCAGACUCUGGGAAGAGAGCAGAAUCGGCGAAUCGGAGUUUUCUCAGAGUCUGGCGACAGAGAACUGUGUGGUCAUUGGGCGAGUUCUCAGACUCUGGGAAGAGAGCACAAUCGGCGAAUGGGAGUUUUCUCAGAGUCUGCCGAGAGAGAACUAUGUGGUCAUUGGGCGAGUUCUCAAACUCUGGGAAGAGAGCACAAUCGGCGACUGGGAGUUUGCUCAGAGUCUGCCAACAGAGGACUAUGUUGUCUUUGGGCGAGUACUCUGGGAAGAUAGCACAAUCGGCGACUUCACCAGGAAUGGCACUGGCUUGUGCCAGGAGUAUACUGGCUCGAACCAGGAGUAG